AUGGCCAAGUACAGGGUGAGGGUGUCCACUGGGGAGGGCUUCGGGGCUGGCACGUGGGACAAAAUGUCUGUUACCAUCGUGGGGACCCAGGGAGAGACCCCCCCACUGCGCCUGGACCAUCUCGGCAUAGAGUUCACUGCGGGUGCUGAGGAGGACUUCGAGGUGAAGCCCCCCCAGGACGUGGGCCAGGUGCUGCUGCUGCGCGUGCACAAGGCGCCCCCAGCGCUGCCCCUCCUGCUCGGGCCUUUGGCUGCCGACGCCUGGUUCUGCCGCUGGUUCCAGCUCACGCCGCCGAGGGGCGCCCCCCUCCGCUUCCCCUGCUACCAGUGGCUGGAGGGGGCGGGGACCCUGGUGCUGCGGGAGGGGGCAGCGAAGGUCUCCUGGGCAGACCACCACCACAAGCUCCAGCAACAGCGCCAGGAGGAGAUACAGGCCAGGCAGGAGAUGUACAGCUGGAAGACUUACAACCCAGGCUGGCCUCACUGCCUGGAUGAGGAGACCGUGAAAGACCUGGACCUCAAUAUCAAAUACUCCGUAGCCAAGAACGCCAACUUCUACCUGCGAGGAGGCUCUGCGUUUGCAGAGCUGAAAAUCAAGGGGCUGCUGGAUCGCAAGGGGUCCUGGAAGAGUCUGAGCGAGAUGAAAAGGGUGUUCAGUUUCCGGAAGACCCCAGCCGUUGAGUAUGUUUUUGAGCACUGGCAGGAAGACACCUUCUUCGCCUCCCAGUUCCUGAAUGGCCUCAACCCUGUCCUGAUCCGCCGCUGUCACCGCCUCCCAGAGAACUUCCCUGUCACCAAUGCCAUGGUGGCCCCAGUGUUGGGCCCUGGGACCAGUCUGCAGGCUGAGCUGGAGAGGGGCUCCCUGUUCCUAGUGGAUCAUGGCAUCCUUUCUGGCGUCCGUACCAAUGUCAUUAAUGGGAGACCUCAGUUCUCCGCGGCUCCGAUGACCCUGCUGUACCAGCGCCCAGGGCCCGGGCCCCUGCUGCCCCUCGCCAUCCAGCUCAGCCAGACCCCCGGGCCAGACAGCCCCAUCUUCCUGCCCAGCGAUGACAAGUGGGACUGGCUGCUGGCCAAGACAUGGGUGCGCAACGCCGAGUUCUCUGUCCACGAGGCCCUCACGCACCUGUUGCAGGCGCACCUGCUGCCUGAGGUCUUCACUCUGGCUACACUGCGCCAGCUGCCCCACUGCCACCCACUCUUCAAGCUGCUGAUCCCACACACACGGUACACCCUGCACAUCAACACGCUGGCCCGCGAGCUGCUCAUCGCCCCCAAGCAGGUGGUGGACAGGUCCACAGGCCUUGGCAUCGGAGGCUUCUCUGAGCUGAUACAGAGGAACAUGGAACAGCUGAACUAUUCUGUCCUAUGUCUGCCUGAGGAUAUCCGGGCCCGAGGAGUCGAAGACAUCCCAGGCUACUACUACCGGGAUGAUGGGAUGCAGAUCUGGGGUGCAGUGGAGCGCUUUGUCUCUGAGAUAAUCAGCAUCUACUACCCGAGCGAUGUAUCCGUCCGUGAUGACAAUGAACUCCAGGCCUGGGUGUGGGAGAUCUUCUCCAAGGGCUUCCUAGGCCGGGAGAGCUCAGGUCUGCCCUCCUCGCUGGAGACCCGGGAAGCCCUGGUGCAGUAUGUCACCAUGGUGAUAUUCAACUGCUCAGCCAAGCACUCUGCCAUCAGUGCAGGGCAGUUUGACUCCUGUGCCUGGGUGCCCAACUUGCCACCCAGCAUGCAGCUGCCACCACCCACCUCCAAAGGCCAGGCCAGGCCAGAGGGGUUCAUAGCCACCCUCCCACCGGUCAAUGCCUCCUGUGAUGUCAUCAUUACCCUCUGGCUGCUGAGCAAGGAGCCUGGAGACCGACGGCCCCUGGGCACCUACCCGGACGAGCACUUCACCGAGGAAGCCCCGCGGCAGAGCAUCGCUGCCUUCCAGAGCCGCCUGGCCCAGAUCUCACAGGACAUCCGGGCGCGGAACCAGGGCCUGGCGCUGCCCUAUACCUACCUGGACCCUCCCCUCAUCGAGAACAGCAUCUCCAUCUAAAUCCCCUGGAGAGCAGGGCCUUGCAUGACAACCUUUGACCAUGUUGCUCUAGUCUCAGAGAAAAGGACUCCCUAGAAAAACAGGCCCCCACAUGCCUCUCCUGGGACAACCAGGCCCCAUGUAACUCACCCCCGCCCAACAAAACAAGAAAUAAAUACAGAGAACAGAAUCUCA